ACUAAACAAAUCGCAAAUACCGAAUACUUACGUGCUACAUUGGUAGGUAAUAUUUUAAAACUAAUUCGUCUAUUUAUGAAAUCGAAUCAUUCGUUGUAAUUUAAUUACCUAUUAAUUCGUGUGCUGGUCGCGUUCAGUCGAGUAAUUCAGCCUACGUUUAAUACUUUUGUGUGAUUAAAAUCGAAGUGUUUCAAAUAUUCGCAAUGGCUCGUACCGUUAAUUUAUUUCUCAUCUUGUGCUGUAUUAUCGUCCCCUGCUUCGAAUUAUGUUCCAGUUCGUCUCUAAGAGUAAAAGGGAAACGCGGAGCUGCUGCAGCAUCCCAAACCAAUGCAACUUGCACCUGUGGAGUAUUCCUGAGUAGUCAGAUAGUCAAAGGAGCUGUUAAAUCUGCGGUAGAAGAUCCUGUCAUUUCUGUCGAUGUUGAAGAACCGGGCAAUUGCGCUAUUACUCAAUGUUCAACCAAGUGUCUUGAAGAGAUGGUGAAAUUCUUGCCCACCAGUUCAUCGAUCAUUUGUGCCUCAGUUGAUCGCGAUGUUUACAAAGAAAAGGCUCAUUUGUUCCUCAACGUCUGCGAUCAAGGCUGGAAGAAAAGUAAGAUUUCCACUCAAAAAGCAAUCUGUUGCGAAAAUUCAAAAGACUACAAAUGUCCAGUGGCAUAGAAGACGUGAUCGUUAAUACGUUAAUUAUAGUCUAUAUUUUAUUCGUAUAUUUAUUUCGAAAUGUUUUUCGCUUAAAUUUAGAUAUUAUUAUUGAUUUAUUUUUUUCAACAGAAAUUUUUUCGAAUAAAAGUAUUCGUAAAUCA